AUGCGCCUGGCAGUUAUCACUAACAUAUCACAGACAAUGUCCGUUCCAUUCAUAGGCCUCUUCGCCACCUUCACGCUCUUCGGCACUCAUUUCAAGAUACCAGGUUUAAAGGAGCUCUGUGACCAACAGAAAUCACUUGUCGCCCUGUAUCCAGUGUGCUACGAAGAAGACAAACCAACUUGGUGGGAUAAUGAUGAUGACAACAACGAGGAUUCAUCAACGAUACCUCCAUAUUCUCCUCCUUUCCGGUAUCUCAUAGACGUCGUCUCCAUUCUUUCUGGCCUCUGCGCCGCUAUAGUGCCGCUGCGCUCUGCGAAGCCUCGUAAGUCUGACGAGAGCGAUGCCGAUUCGAUCCUCCCCGAAGUUGACAAAGCGAUCCUCCGCCAGGGCCGUGAGCGAGUAUGUGGCUUACGAUCCUCAAACCGCAUCCCUGAAUACAGCCUUGCGCAGCAUGCUCUAGGCCACCUACCAGAGUGGGAAUGGUCCCUUGCCCCCUACCGACCAGGGAACCAACCCUCCGGUCAGAUAGUCCGUGUUCUGGUCGCUAUUCCACCAGCACCAGCGCCCACCCCAGAACCUACCCCAGAGCCUAGGAGGAAGAAACGCAAUCGGCCCAGCCAGGCAAAGAGAUUACGCUAUGCGCGAAGACUCCAGGCGGAAGAGGAGUGGAGGCAGGCUCAUGAUAAAGAAGACCCAGGAGAACUUGAGCCUCGCGCGGAACAAACCGCUGAGCAGCAACCUCCUCCUCCCCCUCAACAACCGGCAGAUGUUCCUAACCAGUUGAUAUUGCUCUGA